AUGUCUGGUUUUGUUCCAAUUAAUCCAAAACCUUUUUUGCAAGAAUUAACAGGAAAAUCUGUAUUAAUAAAGCUUAAAUGGGGCCAAGAAUAUAUAGGAUUUCUUCAGAGUGUUGAUUCCUAUAUGAAUAUUCAGUUAGCAAAUACAGAAGAAUAUGUAGAUGGAAAAAAUACAGGUCAAUUAGGUGAAGUAAUGAUUCGAUGCAAUAACGUCCUCUGGAUUACUGGUAAUGUUGAUUGUAUUAAUUCGAAAGAAGGUUAG